AUGCAAACAUCGUGUAUUUCUUCGUCUUCGUCUAGCUCCUCAUCUUCUUUGGACUCACAGAAGAAGUCGACACCUCCACCUGGAACAACUAUAUUUUCAAUUGAGAAUAUUCUGAAUCCCAAAAUAAUUAUACCGAAAAUAGAGAUAGAAAAUGAUGAUGACGUGUCUUCAUCUCCGUCUCCAGCAUGUUCAACAACUGGAUAUACUUUGGAUUCUCUGCAGAAUAUGGAUAGAAGAAGCUUGAAACGAAAGAACACCUCCUCCACCUCUCAAAAUCGAUGUAUAUGUGAUAAAUGUGGGAAGAGUUAUGCGACAACAUCGAAUCUAAGCAGGCAUAAACAGACCCAUCGAGCUCUUGACAGUCCACACGCUAAGCAAUGUCCACAUUGCGACAGAGUCUACGUAAGCAUGCCUGCUUUAAGCAUGCACAUACUAACACACAAUGCUUCACACGAGUGCAAUGUUUGUGGUAAACGAUUUUCCCGCCUCUGGUUACUUCAAGGACAUCUUCGAUCUCAUACAGGACUUCGUCCGUUUUCGUGUGCUCACUGCGGGAAGUCCUUCGCUGAUCGGAGUAACUUGAGAGCACAUAUGCUGACACAUACAGGAGACAAGAGGUUCGAAUGUGAUAAAUGCGGACGCCGAUUCGCUCUACGUGCUUACCUGAAUCGACACCUGGAAACCUGUAAAUAA